UAUAAGAUAACAUUAUUUUUACAUCUUAACAGAUCUUCAUCAACAAUGAAUGGCGAGAUGCAGUAAGCGGCAAGACCUUUCCGACUGUCAACCCGGCAACUGGUGAUAUCAUAUGUCAUGUGGCCGAGGGAGACAAGGCUGAUGUUGACAUUGCCGUGGAUGCAGCCUGUGAAGCCUUUAAGUUUGGAGCACCAUGGCGACGAGCAGAUGCAUCAUACCGAGGGGUUCUUCUCAAUCGUCUUGCUGAUUUGAUAGAAAGAGACAGAGACUAUUUAGCGAGUCUCGAGACACUAGACAAUGGGAAACCAUUUCAUAUUGCACAUGCAGGAGACCUCGAAUUGACCAUCAAAUGUUACAGAUAUUAUGCUGGAUGGGCUGACAAGAAUCAUGGCAAAACCAUUCCUAUUGAUGGUGACUUUUUUUGCUUUACUCGUCAUGAGCCUGUUGGUGUUUGCGGCCAGAUCAUUCCGUGGAACUUCCCCUUAUUAAUGCAAGCUUGGAAGUUAGGCCCUGCUCUUGCUACGGGUAAUGUUGUUGUGAUGAAGUUGGCAGAACAGACACCACUCACCGGCUUGUACGUUGCAGAACUUAUAAAAGAGGCUGGUUUCCCACCAGGUGUUGUUAACAUCAUUCCAGGCUACGGUCCCACUGCUGGAGCAGCAAUUGCAGCUCACAAAAAAGUGGACAAGGUUGCAUUUACUGGAUCAACUGAAAUUGGUAAGGUAAUUCAGAAGGCAGCUGGUGAUACCAACUUGAAGCGAGUCACUUUGGAGCUUGGCGGCAAGAGUCCACUCAUUGUGCUGAAAGAUGCUGACUUAGAAUAUGCGGUCGAGCAGAGCCACUUUGCCUUGUUCUUCAACCAAGGUCAGUGCUGCUGUGCAGGUUCCAGGACAUUCGUCGAAGAUAGUAUCUAUGAUGAGUUCGUUGAACGUAGUGUUGAGAGAGCACAGAAACGAUCCAUAGGAAAUCCCUUUGACCCCAAGAACGAGCAAGGGCCACAAGUGGAUGAGGAGCAGAUGAAUAAGAUCCUUGACCUUGUUGAGAGCGGUAAAUCCGAGGGGGCUAAUCUCGCUUGUGGUGGAAAACGUCAUGGAGACAAAGGGUUCUUUGUUGAGCCCACUGUGUUCACAGAUGUACAGGACAACAUGAGGAUCGCGCAAGAGGAGAUCUUUGGGCCAGUACAGCAAUUGAUGAAAUUUAGUGAUAUGGAUGAGUUGUACCAUCGGGCCAACAAUUCCAUCUACGGCCUGGCCGCAUCCGUCUUCACCAAGGAUAUUGAUAGGGCUAUGAUGGUUAGUCAAGCAAUGCAAGCUGGAACAGUAUGGGUGAACUGUUUUGAUGACUUCAGUGCUGCUGCACCAUUUGGAGGAUACAAAAUGUCAGGCAUUGGACGUGAAAAGGGCGAGUAUGCUCUUGACAACUACACCGAAGUUAAGGCUGUCACAAUAAAAAUUCCACAGAAGAACUCAUAAAUUGGGACCAAAAGGCAUACUAAAGAGUAAUAAGCUUGAUAAAUAUUGAUUUACACAAUUUAUAAUGAAAAAUUUAACCUGCAGGUGUUUGACUCUUAAUAUUCCUACAUAUUUUCUAGUUUCAUUUUCAUUCAAACUGUAUUUGUUAUAAGCAGUUAGAUUUCGGUUCAGUUACAAUUCAUUUAAUCACAAACGAAUUAUGAUAAUACCUUAAGUUUACUUUUUAACCCACAAAAAAGGGACACAUGUAUUGUGUGAUAUUUACGUUUUUGUAAUAAAAUUUUGGAGAAUUGGUGAAUAUAACUGUACAGAAAAUCAAGCAACUAUCAAUAAUUAAAUGAUUAUUGAUUUAUUUAAAAUCCAAUUAAGCAAACAACCAUGCAACCAAGAAUUUAGUUUAAAGAUAUAAACUAAGAUUUUGUGUUGAAAAUAUAUUCAAUUAAAUUCAUUGAGAUAGGUCUUACUUUGGUGUGACACCACUUCACAUCAACAAAUACCGCCACAUGUUUGCUUUUUUAUACACUUCUAGUAGUUCCUUGUGUAUAAAAGCACUCUUUGAAUAAAAGAUCGAGCCAAUUUUGAAGGGGCUGGGGGUGGGGCUUAUAACCUGGGGAAAUCCCUGUUCAUGAAAACAAAAGGACAAAAGCCUAAUUUAAAGUCAAUAUUUGAUUUUUUUAAAGUUGCUGAGAUAUUACAUAAUGAGUGGUGUGGGCCUAUACCAGAGAAAGUACAGUAAUAUUAAUUAACAUCAUCAGAUUGCUCCUGAAUUUAGAAAAAAAACUGUCUCCCUAUACAUCUGGGAUACCAUGUAUUAGGGGCAAGAACUCAAUCUUGUUUUGCAUUUUAUUAAUAUUAUAGCCAAAGGUUUGAGUCCUUGUUUCAUGAAUUUCUUAUUAAAUAAUGGUUAACAGCAACAACAGCCACAAGCUAUUCACUUUACAUAGAUUGUAGCAUUCUAUUAAGGUCAGAAUUAUUCGUAGGUGUUGUUAAAUUGAUCGAUGAGUUUGUAGUCAGUGUGUAAAAAAUAGUAAACCAUCAAAACUUGGUCUAAUAAGCUUUAAUUCACAAUAUUAAUCAGAUAGUUGUAUAAAAAUUGAUGGCAAGUGGGGGUCUGCAGUUGUAUGUGCCUUAAUUAAGACUGGUUGAGAUAUAGCAGGCCUAUUAACUUGUGACAUUUGAGAUUUGUUUUAAACAUUUACAGGUACUUUGUUGUAAUCAUGAUAAAUGAAAAUGGACUCAGGGAAAAAAAAUGUGGUUAAUUUUGUCAUAAUAUUAAUUAUUCAAAAAGUUAUAUAAAAAUUGAUGGUAAGUGGUGGUAUGUGCUUUAAUUGAGAUGGGUUGAGAUAUAUAUAGCAGGCUAAAAACUUGUAGCAUUUGAGAUUUCUUUAAAAAUAUAUGCGGCACUUUGUUGUAAUCAUGAUAAAUGGAAAUGGACAAGGAAAAAUGUGUUUAAUUUUGUCAUUAAAUAUUGUCUUUGAAGCUGUGACUUGGAAAGUUUAAAUUUGUGUUGCUGAUUUUGUAAAGAACCAAGGUUCCCUCAUGCUCUCAAGGACCAAACCCUUGCGCAUAAAUGUAAUGCCUAUAUUAUAAGAAACAUGUAUACUAUUAGUGACUUUUCUAACCCUCUUAAUGAAAAUUCUUCAUCUACAGUAUUUAGAAUAUCAUGUUAACAUUAUGUAGCCUAUGCAAGCUAGCUGCACUAACCACACUCUUUUAUAAGGUCAAAUAUUCGUACACAUUGCCAUCUCAUGCUAGUUUGGAAAGAUUUGUGUGGAGAUAACCUAAAAUGCAUGUAUUCUCAAGGUAAAAAUGCAAAUGCUGAAAUGCAUUUUUUAGCAUUUAGGAAAUAAAAUUUCCAGGGGAGAUCGGGAACAGUUAAUGAGUUACAGAUUUUUGAAUUUUUAAGACUGGGGGAAUAAGUGGAAAAAAGGGGUAGUUACACCCACUUCCCCCCCCCCCAGUUUUUAAGUAUUUCUAUUCCCGAGUUAUUCGUCAGAUAUGUUUUUUGUGUCUGAAAAAUCAGUUGUACAACAUAACAUUUCUUUCUCCUCGGGAGCCUUGCUUUAAAUACAUUAAAAAAUGUUCUGAUUUGGAUUUUCAUUUGUGUAUCUGGAAAUAGCUAGCUUCAGAUUGAUGUUUUAUUCAUUAAAAGGCAAAUUAUUUUUACUU